AUGACUUCCUAUCAAGAGUUAACGGCCGAAGGGGAGAGUAGCCCUCUGUUCACAGGCUGCUGCCGAGUGAAAGGGGUCAUAAACCGGGACCUGGGCUGCAGGACGCAUCCUGAACUCUGCAGAGGAGACGAACACAAACUGGAGGAGGAAGUUUCUGCAGGAUUUGAGUCCCCGCAUCCACGGUACUUAACUCUGUCGAACAGUGUGACUCUGUACACCUCUCCGGACAGCCCUCCUCCUCCUCCUCACCCUCCUCCUCCUCCUCUUCCAGUGUGUGAGACUCUCGAGGGCUUCUCCACGCCGGCCUGCCUCCACUCGUCCCGUGUCCCCUGGCGGUGCAGGGCGCAGGGGCAGGGCUCUGCAGGGCGCGGAUCCUGCGCGUCAAGCAGCGACAACACCGAGGCGCGUCGCUCCGUUUUUGGGUCACUUCCAGAACAAAUUCAUAAUAAUCAUGUCUCCGAUAUCCACAUCGCCGUGGGAAGUUCAUCUGAGACGGACGUGGCUGAUAUGGAUGAAAGGACUAAAACUUUUGAGUGGAUGAAAGUGAAGAGGAGUCCACACCGGGCGGCCAGGAUGCACAUGACCUGUGGGUUCAGUAUUGUUGGCUCAGGCCUCGGUGCUGUGGAAGCUGGAAGCAGCAGCAGCAUCUGCACGGAUGGCCAUCCCACGGUGAACGGGGCCCCGAGGACCAGCUACAGCACCAAACAGCUGACCGAGCUGGAGAAGGAGUUUCACUUCAACAAGUACCUGACGCGGGCGAGGAGGGUGGAGGUGGCCGGUGCCCUGCAGCUCAGCGAGACGCAGGUGAAAGUUUGGUUUCAGAACAGACGCAUGAAGCAAAAGAAAUUACAGAGAGACCGGCUGUUGUCCGAGCCCGGGCCCACGGCGGCGCAGUCCCACGCCGACAGACUGGACACCUGCCCCUCCCCCGGACCGUCCUCGCCAGAACACCUGCCCCUGAACUUGUGAUCCGUGGGAGCUGCGCCGUGCACCAUGCGCCACGCACCAGCAGCGAGGGCGAGGGCCAGCCUGCAGAUGUUUUGAUUCCCGUUUGCAUCGGUUUCAAUCAGGCUUCACCUUUAUUUGCUUACCACGGUGGAUGCUCAUCGCAAAAAAAAAAAAAAAAAAAAAAAAAAAGCGCAAUGGCAAGUUUCUUCAUGCAAGAACGGGUCAAAACAAUUUGUCAUCCUCCUCGGCUUCAGACUGGCGCUCUGAUUUGAAUAUUAAAAUCCAAGUCAUUGCAUCGUGCUCCUAUCUACACAACGUAAACGGAGAUACAAAAUUAUAUUAAUUGUCCAUAGAAACUGUGGCAGUCUAUUUGUUUAUUUAUUCGGAGUUAUUUAUUCAGGAUGUGACUCAGUUGAAUAUAUUUAUAUAAUUUAUUCACCCUGACAUGAGAUUCCUACUUUUAUUUAAAUCAACCCAAAUGAAUUAUGUAUAUUUAUUUUAUGUCUACAUUUGACCAGAUUUAUUUUAUUAAAACUAUAUUUUAGUAAAUAGGCUUUACCAAUUAUUCCACCCACUUCCACUGCUGCUGCUUUCUCCUGCACUUAAAAAGUU